CCGCCAAAGAAGAAAGCACAAUUACAGAAAAUAGAGAAAGCCGAUUGGAAGGAAGGCUUCAAAAAGAAGCAAGUCGGCGUGGCUGACAUGACUAUGUUGAGCAAAGUCAACAACGAUUCCAUAAACGAAAAUUUGAGGAAAAGAUUCGAGAACGGAGAAAUUUAUGUAUGUUUGACCGAGAAAGCUAAUAUUAUCAAGUAUUUGGUUGGAUCACUCUAUGUGUCUGCUUACUCUGGAUUUCUUAUUAAACAGACUUACAUCGGCCAUGUAUUGAUCAGUGUUAAUCCGUUCAGAGAUCUUGGCAUUUACACGGAUGAAGUGUUAAACAGCUACACAGGAAAGAAUAGACUAGAGAUGCCUCCCCAUGUAUAUGCUGUGGCAGAAUCGUCAUACUAUCAUAUGAACAGCUACAAAGAGAACCAAUGUAUCAUCAUAAGUGGCGAAUCAGGAGCUGGCAAAACAGAGGCUGCCAAAAGGAUUAUGCAAUAUAUUGCUACAGUCAGUGGCAGUGGGUCAUCAGCUAUCAAAGAGAUCAAAGACAUGGUUUUAGCCACCAAUCCCUUACUUGAGAGUUUUGGCUGCGCAAAGACACUAAGAAAUAACAAUUCAUCACGCCAUGGUAAAUACUUGGAAAUCUUGUUUAAUUCCAACGGCGAGCCAGUCGGGGCCAAGAUCACCAACUAUCUACUGGAGAAGGGUCGUGUUGUGGGUCAGAUAGAAAAUGAAAGAAACUUUCACAUAUUUUAUCAAUUCACCAAGGCUGCUUCUCCCGAGUAUCAAGAAAAAUUUGGAAUACAGGGUCCAGAGAGUUAUCUGUAUACAAACGGUAGUGGCUGUUUAGAUGUCCAGGGGAUUGAUGAUGUCGAGGAUUUUUCAGAGACUCUGAAUUCAAUGAAUAUUAUUGGCCUCUCGCAAGAAGAACAGGACGGUAUAUUUGCAAUGUUGGCUAUAAUAUUGUGGCUUGGCAAUGUACAAUUUACAGAAGGCGAGGACCAAAACUCGGCCGUCGUUGACGAUGAGAACGUUACAAGCUUUAUUGCUUACAUCAUGGAAGUUGAUGCUGAUACUGUCAACAAGGUUCUUACUAAUCGAACUAUUGAGACCCAACGCGGAGGACGUAGAGGAUCUGUGUAUGACGUUCCACUCAAUCCCGUACAGGCUGCAGCAGUAAGAGAUGCUUUAGCUAAAGCAAUCUACAAUAACCUCUUUGAAUGGAUAGUGGAGCGCAUUAACAGCGCCAUGCGCGAACGCUCCAAAUCAUCAUACGUGAUUGGUGUACUCGAUAUCUAUGGCUUUGAAAUAUUCGACGAGAAUUCGUUUGAACAACUGUGCAUCAACUAUGUAAAUGAAAAACUUCAGCAAAUUUUCAUCGAACUCACUCUUAAAACAGAACAAGAAGAGUAUGUUAAAGAAAAAAUCAAGUGGACUCCAAUCGACUUUUUCAAUAAUAAGAUAGUCUGCGACUUGAUCGAAGAGAAACGACCACCCGGCAUCUUUGCUGCUAUGAAUGAUGCAUGUGCGACCGCUCACGCUGAUCCGGGUGCUGCGGAUAAUUCUUUUGUUCAAAGACUGGGUUCCCUAAGUUCCAACCCUCAUUUCGAGUCACGCGGCGCUAAAUUUUUGAUUAAACACUAUGCUGGCGAAGUAUUAUAUACUAUAUCGGGAAUGACGGACAAGAACAAGGAUCAACUUGUGAAGGAUUUAUUGGAACUGAUUGCAUCCAGCAGCAAUGCAUUUUUACAGACGCUGUUUCCCAAUAAGGUGGAUCGCGACUCGAAAAAAAGACCACCAACAGCCAGCGACAAGAUUAAGUCAUCAGCAAAUGAUCUCGUCACAAACUUAAUGCAGGCACAACCAUCGUAUAUUCGUACUAUCAAGCCCAAUCAUAACAAGAGCCCUAAAGAAUAUGAUCAGAAAGUUGUACUUCAUCAGAUCAAGUAUCUUGGUUUAAAUGAAAAUAUUAGAGUUCGUCGUGCUGGCUUUGCUUAUCGACAGACUUUUGAAAAAUUCUUGGAAAGGUUUUAUUUGCUGUCUCGGUCAACUUCUUAUGCUGGCGAAUAUACAUGGCAAGGAGACGGCAAAUCGGGUUCCGAACGUAUACUCAAAGACUGUGGCAUCGCUAAAGAGGAAUGGCAGAUGGGUGUUACGAAAGCUUUUAUUAGGCAUCCGGAGACGAUCUGGGCCCUCGAACAUCUUCGCGAUCGCUUCUGGCACAACAUGGCCAUGCGUAUCCAGCGUGCUUAUCGCAGUUAUGUUCGUUACAAAAACGAAUGUGCAACACGAAUUCAAAGAUGUUGGAAGAAAAACAAAGAUCAAAUUAUAUACCUACAACUUCGUGACUACGGUCAUCAAGUACUUGCCAAUCGAAAGGAAAGAAGAAGAUUUAGUUUACUAAGCAUGAGAAAAUUUAUGGGAGAUUAUUUGUCUGUUGGAAAGCCGGGUGGUAGUGGAGACUUUUUGAGAAAUGCUUGUAAUCUUAGAGACAAUGAGCAGGUUGCCUUCAGUGCAAAAAUCCAAUUAUUGGUUCCUCGUCUUGGUAGGUCCAGUAAGCCAGGUCCUCGCCACCUCGUGAUGACGGACAAAUCAAUCCUUAUUGUAAUCUCGACGCUCGAAAAGAAGCUCCUGACAAUGUCCAUAGAACGUUCAAUUUCGCUAAACGCCAUUAGUGGCGUAAGCCUCUCGAAUCUUCGUGACGAUUGGGUAGUAUUGCACAUUAAUAAUCCAACUAAAGAAACCGGAGACCCAGUCUUCUCGUGCUUCUUUAAAACGGAAUUUGUAGUUCAUCUUCUUCAGCGCACUGGUGGUCGUAUAAGUGUCAAUGUAUCAUCUCAAAUAGAAUAUGCUAGGAAAUUAGGCAAGACUGCAACAAUCAAAUUUACAAAAGACGAAACUGGUAUUUAUGACUUUUCAUCGCAAGAGCAAGGAGAACUACCAUUUAGGAAAGAUGACAUAUUGGAAAUUGUCAAGAAAGAGACUGAUGGUGUCGACAACGGAUGGUGGCUAGCACGCAAAGAUGGCAAGGAAGGCUGGGUGCCAAGUAAUUAUCUUGAAGAAGUUGAAACGCCUAAACCCGCACCAGCCCCUCCUCUGCCGACCAAACGACCAUCACCACCCGCUGCCGACAAAACUUCGCCUCCGAAACCGCCCUCCUCUUUCAACAGUUCUAACACAGCACCCGUUCCUGUCAUGCCUGGACUGGCUCCGGCCACCGGAGGUGUUCCUAAAUGGAAACAAGAUCUGGAAGCCAGAAAAGCUGCCAAGGCCGCUGGUGGAAAAGAAAUUCCAGGCGCAUCUGCAUCUCGUCCAACUCCGGUUGCUCCGCCAAAGCCCGCUACUGGUGCUCGAAAACCUCCAAUUGCGCCCAAGAAGCCUGGGGUUGUUCCAAAACCUGCUGCUCCGCGAAAACCUGGUGUUGGUACAAAGCCGCCAGUCGCUCCGCCACGACCGGGAGCCGCGAGUAUUGCUGAUGCGAUCAAGGCACGUAGUCGAAUGCAGAAUCCACCCGAGGAUAAUGAUGAUGAUGAGUGGAACUAG